UACGUGAUGAUUGAUUUGUGUUGUUAUAUAUGUUUAUGAUUAAAUUUAGAAAAAAAUCAUGAUCAUCAGUUUGCCGCUAAACAACCCUAAAUGCCGGGCAAAGGCUAUGAAAAUUGCAUCUAUUGCAGGGGUGAUCUCGGUUGCUAUUGAUGCAGAUAAAAACCAGUUGACGGUUACCGGCGACGGCGUUGAUUUCUUGGAGUUGAUGAAUUUCUUGAGGAGGAAAUUCAAAUGCGCCAGCAUUAUCUCCCUCGAAGAUGUGAAGCCGCCGGCGCCACCGCCACCGCCGGCGCCGCAGCCUUCAUCGCCGACGAAAGGUAAAUGCAGCAGUCCUUGUCCUUGUCCUUGUCCGCCGGAUUACUCCAAUCCAUGUGUACAAUACUAUCCGCUGUGUGAACCCGUUUACGACUCCUAUCCGAAUUGCAAUUGCUCCAUUCAAUGAAGUCAUGCAAAAUUAGAAAGUGGAAUAACUUGUGUGGCAUGGAAAUCUAUAAUUAUUAUUCAAGGUUGUGUAAUAAGCUAAGUAAACUUUGUCAAUUUUUAUAGAUUUACAUUUAGGCC